UCAAGGCUCAACUAUCGUCUACAUUAAAACCCUAGCCUGUAUUGUAUGCAGCAAUACAGGUCUCUCUCAAGCUUCAAUUAGGUCGGAUUUGUGACGAGACCUCUACAAUGGCUCCUAAAGCUGAGAGUACGAAAAAGGUUGAUCCAAAGGCAAAGGCAUUGAAGGUUGCCAAGGCUGUGAAAGCAGGUGCUACUACCUUCAAGAAGAAGGAUAAGAUCAGGACAACAGUUACCUUUCACAGGCCUAGAACUUUGAAGAAGGAAAGGAAUCCAAAGUAUCCCCGUAUUAGCGCACCUUCCAGAAACAAGCUAGACCAGUAUCGAAUACUCAAAUAUCCUCUAACUACAGAGUCUGCAAUGAAGAAGAUUGAAGAUAACAAUACUUUGGUUUUCAUUGUUGACAUCCGAGCUGACAAGAAAAAGAUCAAAGAUGCUGUUAAAAAGAUGUAUGACAUCCAGACGAAGAAAGUUAACACUUUGAUUAGGCCUGAUGGAACCAAGAAGGCUUAUGUUCGACUUACUCCUGAUUAUGAUGCUUUGGAUGUAGCAAACAAGAUUGGGAUUAUCUAAAGCAUGGUUUACUUAAUUUCUCCUUUAUUUUUGGGAAAAUGACAAUGAACCAGUUUACAUAAGAUAUUGCAGUUUUUUUUUUCAUUAUCUUUAAUUGAGAGUAAUAGUAUUUUAUGCUUAGCGAUUCUUUUACUUUAUUUAGUCAUUUUUUUACUGGAUUUUAAAGAAAUGCUGAAAUUCUCAUAUUAUGCAAUAUUGGCCUAUU